AUGGAUACAGGCGAAAUCGGUUGUAACGUUCUACACGUCUUGGAUAUCAAAGAGGUUUCCAAACCGUCCGUUAUACACUGGCAGCAGUUUGACAAUGUAGAUCUCACUGACGUCGAAUACUGUGGUGAUUAUCUGUUUGUGGCAGUCGAUAACAUCGGAGACAAAGAAAAUGGCUAUGUUAAUGUCCAUAAGAAAUAUAACACCGCGUUAAAGACACUGGAGUUAGUAAACAAAAUCAUAGUUGGUUCGCUGCCUGACAUGAUAUAUCCUACAUCUGACUGCCAAAUAGUAGUCGCGGCUAUAGAGGCGGAGGGGUAUAACAACGGUUCUCAUUUCGUCGAUCCAGAAGGUGGUGUUGGCAUCAUUAAAUUUGCUGACCUAGUAUCACGUGGAGCCCGGUUUAUCUACAGGGAGAAUAACAACAGGUUCUCCAAUGAUGUUGAGCCAGAGUAUAUUACGUUUAACAAGGACGAGAGCGUUGCCUACAUAUCACUACAGGAGAACAAUGCUAUAGCAGAGGUAAACGUGAUCACUCAAACCAUCACAAACAUCCAUCCACUUGGGUUUAAAAACUGGACUAAUUUUGAACUUGACGCAAGUGAUAGAGAUCAAAAAAUCCACAUUCGUCCGUGGCCAGUGAUGGGUAUGUACCAACCAGACUCAAUCAUAAUAUAUGUGCAGGGGAAACCCUACCUCGUAACAGCCAACGAGGGUGACGCUAAGGACUAUUCCAACCUACAGGGAGCUGGAGGUUUCAACGAGGAGUCGAGGAUGUCCGAGCUUACUAUAAAUAUUUCGUCGACAGUUGCGCAUUGGUCCACUUUGAACGGAUACGAUGGAACAAUAGAUGCAGUAGAAAAUUUAGGUGAGUUAAGUGUUUUGAAUAGAAUAACUACCAACAAAUUUAGGUAUAUUUGUGUUAUUCUAGGACGUUUGAAGGUUUCUAACCUAGACGGAAAAUCUGGUGAUACUUACAACACGCUCUACACAUUCGGAGGCAGAAGUAUAUCAAUACUAGACCUGAACACAUUUGAACGAGUUUAUGACAGCGGAAGUGAAAUCGAGAACAUAAUUGCCAAGGAGAAGAAGGCAUUGUUUAAUGCUAAUGGCGGUCCCGAGGUAGAGGACUUGGCUGUUGCUGAGAUAGGAGAUACGAUGCUACUGUUUGUCGGCAUAGAAAGACCUGGCUUCAUUGCAAUAUAUUCUAUAACUGGGGAUAUUACUUCUAGACAGUUCGAGAGUUUGUAUUCCGGUGUUCCCGGAAUAAACAACACUUUCGGUGAUCUAUACGACCAGAGAAAGAUGAGUGAGACCCAGAGGAUAUCAGUGAAAUGA